AUGCAGCGGUGGCUACGGCCCACAGCUGCUUUCCUUGCCACUGUUUCAGCAGCUGUACUGAUUGCAACCGUUUCCACACCCUACGGUCGCCAGUCUCCCAUGGCUCUCUUUGGUCCUGUCAAUUGUGUCAUUGGGACUUACGGCUGUGGAGCUACCACCACCACAGUUACUCAGCAAAUUGUUCCGACUGUUCAAGAAGAAGUUGUCUACCUUGAAGGACGUGUAAACUCUGCAUAUUCCGAGUUGAGCGCUGCAGAGAAGAAGCUGCAGAACGUCAAGUCUUCUGACAAGGAGGAACUCGAUGAUCUUGAGACCAAAAAUCAUGCUCUCCGCAGGAAGUACGAGAGGCUCGAGAGGAACUACAUGCGUCUGAGCCAGCAGCCUCCCAUCCCUGGUCCACGUGGACCUCGUGGUUAUCCAGGUGCUCCUGGCAAGACUGGUCUGCCGGGCCCUGUCGGACCCAUGGGACCCAUGGGCCCAAUGGGCAAGACUGGCCCUGCUGGUCCCGCGGGCCCUGCUGGACCUCCUGGAAUUGAGGGACGUCCGGGCCCCCCGGGUCCUGUCGGUCCAAGAGGCCCCUCCGGUCACACUGGCCCCGCCGGUCCUCCGGGACCUGCGGGCUUGCCGGGUCAGCCUGGGCCUCAAGGCUUGAAGGGAGAUCCAGGCAGAGAAGGACCUCGUGGAGAGCCGGGACAUUCCAUCCAGGGACCUGCUGGCCCUAUGGGUCCGAUGGGCCCGAUGGGCCCGAUGGGCCCGGCAGGAGUUCCAGGACAGAAGGGAACCGACGGCCCUAUGGGACCCACUGGUCCUCCGGGCCCACCUGGAGUCCAGGGUCCAUCAGGAAUUCCCGGACCCAUGGGACCCGAUGGUCCUUCGGGCCCUCCCGGCCCGGCUGGAGCCAACGGCCUGCACGGACAGACUGGCCCCGCUGGUCCUCCUGGACAGAGUGGCGUCCAGGGCCCGCAAGGAGCUCAGGUACAGGAUGUGAUGCUCUCCUGGCUCACCAAUGAUCGGCUUGCUCUUCACAGGGUGCUGCUGGACCUGCGGGUCAAGCCGGACCUGCUGGUACUGCAGGAGUUUCUGGAUCCAACGGAGCCCCGGGUCCGGCGGGCCCUGCAGGUGGCAACGGAGCCACGGGAGCCCCUGGUGCUCAUGGUGCCCCUGGUGGUGCGGGAGCCGCUGGACCCUCAGGAGCAAGCGGAUCUCCUGGUGCCCCUGGAGCACCCGGAGCUCCUGGCACGCGGUAAACUGGAAUUUUGUAGAAUACCGAGAACUGGUGCUGCUGGCCGCAACUUCAUUAAACUUAGCAGUGAAUUC